AUGCCUCCUGCGGUGCUGGAGGCCAGCGGUCAUUACGUGUCGGUGGCUGCCGCCGUGUGGAGUCCUGCCCAGCACAGUGUUCUCAGGGCUCGUCCACGGGGGACGGGCAUCUGGACGUCGUCUCCCUUGGUGGACUUGCCGUCGGCUGAUGGACAGCCAUCCACCCUCCUCCGAACUCCGCCAGUGCUUGAGACACGGCCCAGGAUGCUACCUGUGUUCUUCGGGGAGAGCAUCGAGGUGGACCCAGAGCCCACACCUGAAAUCCGCUGCAACUCUGAGGUCAAGUACGCGUCCGAGAAGCACUUCCGGGACAACGUCUUCUACGCGCCCGUGCCCACCGUCACGGCCUACAGCGAGACCAUCGUGGCCACGCCCAACUGCACGUGGCGGAACUACCGCAGCCAGCUGACCCUGGAGCCGCGGCCGCGCGCCCUGCACUUCGAGAGCACCACCAUCAUCUUCCCCAAGCACGCCCGGAGCUCCUUCCGCACCACCCUGCGCUGCAGCCUGGGCCGGCCCAGCCGCAGGUUCGCCGCCAGCGUGCAGCUGGCGCAGCGGGAGGCGCCCGGGCCCAGCCUGCUCGGCCCCGAGCGGCUCUAA